UCACAUACAGUAAUGAGUUUCCUAUCUGCUCUCCUGAACAUGUCUGGACGUGGUAAAGGCGGGAAGGGAUUAGGUAAAGGAGGUGCCAAGAGGCACCGUAAAGUGCUCCGAGAUAACAUCCAGGGCAUCACUAAGCCGGCUAUCCGGCGCUUGGCACGGAGGGGAGGUGUUAAGCGAAUCUCCGGCCUCAUCUACGAGGAGACCCGCGGAGUGCUCAAGGUCUUCCUGGAAAAUGUCAUCCGAGACGCCGUCACCUACACCGAGCACGCCAAGAGGAAGACCGUGACCGCUAUGGAUGUGGUGUAUGCUCUGAAACGCCAGGGCCGCACUCUCUACGGCUUCGGGGGUUAA